CGGACACAGUCCAAGGAACUAUAGAAUAUGGCAGACAUCACCUUCGUCCCCUCUGAGGACAUCGAUAAGGUCUUCGCCCACACCACCAACCUCGCCUCAGCCGCCCUCAACAGCAAAGUGCUCGCCUGCUCAAACGACUAUUUUGCUGCUGCCUCUAACCUGCUGACUCCAACACCGCCCAUCAACCGCCCCGGCGUCUUCAUCCACACCGGUGCUUGGUACGACGGCUGGGAAACCCGCCGGCACAACCCAGACCCCUAUGACUGGGUAGUCAUCAAGCUCGGCGUCGCCAGCGGCGCGAUUCAGGGCGUCGAAGUCGAUACGGGCUUCUUCGUCGGCAACUACGGCGAAAAGGCCGAAUUACAGGCUACAUAUGCACCGGGCAUCAGCGACGCCGAAGUCGCAGACCCCAGCUACAGCGGGUGGACGACAAUUCUCCCCCCACAGGAAUGCGGCCCGUCACAGCGGCGCGCGUGGAAGUUGAAUAGCUACGACGCGGCGAAUCCGACUCCGUACACGCAUGUCCGGCUGCUGAUGUAUCCAGACGGCGGGUUCGGCCGGCUACGGCUGUAUGGGCAUGCUAUCCCGCCGACUCUUGAGUCGACUUCGAAGGAUCAGAACGAGUUGCCGACGGAAGAACUGUCUUCUGCGCUCUUGGGAGGUCUUGCCCUCGGUGCCUCAGACCAGCACUAUACACCCUGCAGCAACCUACUUCUUCCUGGUCGAGGAAAGGACAUGGGCGACGGCUGGGAGACAGCCCGGUCCCGCGCCAAGGGCCACGUCGACUGGGCUGUUAUCAAGCUUGGACUCCCUGGCUCUGUGUCAAAGGUCGUUGUCGACACUAAGGAUUUCCGCGGCAACUUCCCUCGCGCCGUGCGUGUUCAUGGACUGCCCGCCGGCUCCGUUGGCAGUGAUGAGGUUCCUGCGCAUGACCAUGCGGGAUGGACGGAGAUUGUCAAAGGUGAUAAGCCCUGCCAGGCGGAUACAGAACAUGUCUUUGAGGGCGCAGAUCUUGCGGCCGACUCGGGAAUUUUCACUCAUGCUAAGCUUACUCUUGUGCCGGACGGAGGUGUGAAGAGGUUCCGGGUCUUUGGAAAGAGAGAUCUCUCUGCAAAGAAAUAAAAAGGGUAUCAGAAUGGAUUCUUCUGCUCAACCACAGUUUCUUCUGUAGUCAAGUCGACAUCCUGCCCACUACUGCCGAAUCCAGUAGAAUCCGCUUGUACAUUGACUGAACUUUUCAAGUUAAAAUCUAAACGCGAAGACAUUCACUC